UGACGCCAUCACGCCCGGCGCGCGGAGGGGCGGGCGGCGGAAGGAGGGAGGCGGCCAUCUUUAGUGCCGGCAGGAGCGGCGCCGGGGUCCCGAUGCCGGCGGAGAAGAUGGCGGUGGACGGGCCCGAGCAGAUGGAGAUGGACGAUGGGAAAGGAGGCACAGGGCUCCGGCAGUACUACCUGUCCAAGAUCGAGGAGCUACAGCUCAUCGUGAACGAGAAGAGCCAGAACUUGCGGCGCCUGCAAGCGCAGAGAAAUGAGUUGAACGCUAAAGUGCGUCUGCUGCGGGAGGAGCUGCAGCUGCUGCAGGAGCAGGGCUCCUACGUGGGAGAAGUGGUGAGAGCCAUGGACAAGAAGAAAGUGCUCGUCAAGGUCCACCCGGAGGGGAAGUUUGUGGUGGACGUGGACAAGAACAUCGACAUUAAUGACGUGACCCCCAACUGCCGCGUGGCCCUGCGCAACGACAGCUACACGCUGCACAAGAUCCUGCCCAACAAAGUGGACCCCCUGGUGUCCCUCAUGAUGGUGGAGAAGGUUCCGGAUUCCACUUACGAGAUGAUCGGGGGCUUGGACAAGCAGAUAAAGGAGAUCAAGGAAGUGAUCGAGCUGCCGGUCAAGCACCCUGAGCUUUUCGAGGCGCUGGGGAUCGCCCAGCCCAAGGGCGUGUUGCUCUACGGACCCCCCGGUACAGGCAAGACCUUGCUGGCCAGGGCUGUGGCCCAUCACACCGACUGCACCUUCAUCCGUGUCUCGGGCUCUGAGCUGGUGCAGAAGUUCAUCGGGGAAGGUGCCCGCAUGGUGCGGGAGCUGUUUGUGAUGGCCAGGGAACACGCUCCCUCCAUCAUCUUCAUGGAUGAGAUCGACUCCAUCGGCUCCUCCCGCCUGGAGGGGGGCUCCGGGGGGGACAGCGAGGUGCAACGCACCAUGUUGGAGCUCCUCAACCAGCUCGAUGGCUUUGAGGCCACCAAGAACAUCAAGGUGAUCAUGGCAACCAACCGCAUUGACAUCCUGGACUCGGCUCUGCUGCGCCCCGGCCGCAUCGACAGGAAGAUUGAGUUCCCCCCUCCCAACGAGGAGGCCCGUCUGGACAUCCUGAAGAUCCACUCCCGCAAAAUGAACCUGACGCGGGGCAUCAACCUGCGGAAAAUCGCGGAGCUGAUGCCGGGGGCCUCGGGGGCGGAGGUGAAGGGGGUGUGCACGGAAGCUGGGAUGUACGCACUGAGGGAGAGGAGGGUGCACGUCACACAAGAAGACUUCGAAAUGGGGGGGUUCCUCCACCCACAGCUCCUUCCUGGGGGGGGCAUAAACUGUCCUGGGCACUGGCUGUCAGGACCUGGGAGCUGCAAAGGUUGA